UCCAUUUCAUCCAUUACUCAACACCACAUCCUCUCCCAUCCAGUCCAGUUCCCAUCUGACCGUCCGUCACCGAAGCUAUAGACACGUGAAUUCUCUCGCUCACUCUCACCCAGAAGCAACCUAAACAAGAAGAAAGAAAACCAAUGCCCCUCCCAGACUUCACCUCCCCACUCACCUUCCCCCCUUUCCCCUCCCUUCCCCUGAUCACCACCACCACCACCCCACCCGUCUCAACAACCCCAUCAUCAUCCCCCAAGCCUCCAGGACGCCACCCGAACAAACCAAAACCAGCAGAAUACUACCUCCUAUGGCAGAUAACCCAAAACAUGACCCUUAUCAAACCAACCCUAAUCCUCACCGACACCACUUCAACUCGAUUCGCCCUCGUCUUCUCCUCCCGCCCCGCCACGGGGGGGCCCGAGACCCUCGACCUGGCCAAGCUGGGCUACAAACGGGGCGCUACGCUCGUCAUUCCCCGCGCGACGCGCACACUACCAGCCAAUUCUAAGCCUAAGCCUGAACAAAACACAGGCAACACACAUGUCUCGGAUGAAGAAGAAGAAGGUGAAGCGGGGCAGGGUCGCAGUGGCGGUAGUGGUAUCGAAAGUGUAGGAGGAGGAGAGGGAGGAGAAGGGAGACUAAGAGAAAGGCAGGGAUUCAUUGCUAUCGAUCGGCAGAUGGAAGGGGAUGUGCGGGUUAUUCCAGGGACUCUAAAGAAGGCUAUGGAGGUGGGCUGGUGGUUGCGGGGGAGGGAUGAGAAUCUGCAAAGCGGGGAGGGCGAAAGAUGGUGUGAGACUUGCGGGGCGGGAACGAAGAAGGAUGGACGAGGAAAAGGAGGAGGGUUGAUGAAGUGCACUGGUUGCAGUGAGGUAGAGUAUUGUUCUAAGGAGUGUCAGGUCCAGGGGUGGAACGAGGGUGGGCACAAGGAGGAUUGCAAGGUCAUCAAGGCUAUUCGGGUCAUCUGGCCAUGAGAGGUAACUGCCUACAGGACGGUGACCGAUAUGCCGUAUCUAUCCAUCAACCAAUUUGGAAUGAACCGUUAGACCCAUCAACGCCAGGCGCGAA